AUGCCACGCGAAGCAGAGCUGUCACUUAACGCACGCGAAUUCAUACUGCAAGCUCUGCGCGAAAAUGUUCGCCUUGACGGCCGAGCUUUUGACGACCUUCGAGAGCUGCAACUCUCCUUCGGCGACGAGUAUGGCGUAGCAGACGUGCGGUUAGGCAAGACGAGAGUUCUCGUUCGCAUCUCCGUUGAAGUCACAACCCCUUUCCCCGACCGCAAAUUCGACGGCAUCUUCACUAUAUCGACCGAGUUCUCCCCCAUGGCUUCUCCCGCUUUCGAGGUCGGCCGCCCAACAGAAGCUGAAACACUCCUAUCACGCCUCCUCGAGAAAGCUAUUCGCCGAUCCUCCGCCCUCGAUACCGAAGGGCUAUGCAUAAUAGCAGGCUUGAAAUGCUUCGCGCUCCGCGCCGACGUCCACGUCCUUGACCACGACGGUGGCCUCGUUGACGCAGCAUGCAUUGCACUCGUGGCCGCUCUCCGGCAUUUCCGCCGGCCGGAUGUCAGCGUCGAGGGUGAGAAGGUUACAGUGUACAGCAUAAGAGAGCGCGAGCCUGUGCCGCUUUCGCUGCUGCAUCAUCCGCUCUGCGUCACUUUCUCGUACUUCAAUGGCGGGGAGAUAGCCCUGGUAGAUGCGAAUCUGGCGGAAGAGCAGGUUAGCGAGGCGGAGGUCGUUGUGACGAUGAACAGACAUGGUGAGGUGUGUCAGGUUGCAAAGUAUGGAGGGUUGCCGAUCGAUGCGCUUGCGCUGCUGAACUGUACGAACGUGGCGCUGGCGAAGGUGCAGAUGCUGGACAAGGUCAUACAGCAGCGGCUAGAAGAGGAUGCGAAGAGGAGAGAUAAGGGCGGGUUGAUGGCGGAGUUGAGUGCGGAGAAUGCGAGGGCGAAUGCUGCGAUACCUGGAUGA